AAAUCGAAGAUGUUGCAGAAAAAGCAAGCAUGAACGAUGAAGGUCGCUCCUCCUUUACCUCCAAAGAAUUCGACCCAUGCCCUAUCUGUCUAGGAUCCUUUCUACAAGAAGCUUACCUUGACCGCUGUUUCCACAAGUUUUGUUACAAGUGUAUUUUGAAUUGGUCCAUAUAUAUUAGCAAACAAAGCUCUAAAUCACAAUCAACUUUGACAUGUCCUCUUUGCAAGGGAAUUAAUUAUUCAAUAGUUUAUGGGUAUGAUGGGACCUCAUUUCAACAGCAUUACAUUAAUCAAGAUCCUCCCAAGCAGAGCAUAUUCUUUUCGAAAGCUCACAGGUUUAGAUUACAAAGCUACUACCGUGAACCAGGCACAAUCUACGAUAAAGUCAACAUUCCAAAAUAUUGGAAAUACCGUAGGUAUCUCCAACUAAACAAGUGGCUCCAAAGUUGGUUGAAAAGGGAAAUUCAAGCUCUAACUCAGGAGGAGGAUGUGGACAUUAUUGUGCACCAUCUACUUGGUGUGAUCGAGUCUUUUGUUAGAUUAAGUGAACGUGAAUGUUCAAGUGAUAUAACACCCGACCAAAAAAGACAAGAGUUCAAGGCAUUGAUAUCUGAUGCUGCCAAGCCUUUCUUGACUGGAAGAACUGAACACUUUGUAAAUGAGUUAAUUUCAAUUAUGCAUGUUGGUCAUCUUGGUGAACUCUCACUUUCUGGUGCUUCAAUGGCUACUUCUUUUGCAACUGUUACUGGUUUCAACUUAUUGAUGGGAAUGGGAAGUGCACUAGAUACUCUAUGUGGUCAAUCUUACGGAGCAAAACAAUAUCAUAUGUUAGGCAUACAUAUGCAAAGGGGCAUGUUUGUUCUUUUACUAGUUAGUGUUCCUCUUGCUUUUAUUUGGGCUAACACAGGCCGUAUUCUCAUAGCUGUGGGACAAGAUCCUGAAAUAUCGGCCGAAGCUGGAGUUUAUGCUCGUUACAUGAUCCCUUGCCUAUUCGCUUAUGGACUUCUUCAAUGCCAUAUCAGGUUUUUACAAACCCAAAACAUAGUCUUCCCAAUGAUGAUAAGUUCUGCAAUCACGGCCUUACUGCACUUUCUUGUGUGUUGGGUUCUGGUUUUCAAAGCUGGCCUAGGAAUUAGAGGUGCUGCAAUGGCGAGUUCCGUCUCUUAUUGGAUCAAUCUGAUACUUUUGAUACUUUAUGUUAAGUACUCUGGUAAAUGUGAAAGGACUUGGACUGGUUUCUCAAAGGAAGCACUCCAUGACAUUCUUAACUUUAUAAGACUCGCAAUUCCCUCGGCUAUUAUGGUCUGCUUAGAAUUGUGGUCUUUCGAGCUGACGGUUCUGCUAUCGGGUUUGCUUCCCAACCCUAAGCUAGAAACUUCGGUGCUAUCAAUCUGCCUUAACACAUGUGCAUUACUCUGGAUGAUCCCAACUGGAUUUGGUGGAGCUGUAAGCACAAGAGUUUCGAAUGAGCUAGGAGCAGGUCAUCCUCAAGCUGCACGUUUAGCAGUACAAGUUGUGUUUGUUUUGGCAGUCACAGAGGGAAUUUUAAUUGGCACAAUCAUGAUAUUAGUACGCCACAUUUGGGGCAAUGCUUUUAGCAAUGAGAAAGAGGUGGUGAUUUAUGUAGCGUUCAUGCUGCCAAUACUUGCUGUCUCCAACUUUUUUGAUGGACUUCAAUCCGCUCUUUCAGGUGCGGCUAGAGGAUGUGGUUGGCAAGAUAUUGGGGCUUUUGUCAAUCUGGGAUCUUAUUACCUUGUUGGAAUUCCUUCUGCGGUUCUAUUAGCUUUUGUUCUACAUGUGGGAGGAAAGGGACUUUGGAUUGGGAUAAUAUGCGCACUUCUUGUCCAAAACUUUUCGCUUCUUAUCAUCAUUUUACGCACCAAUUGGGAGCAAGAAGCAAAACGGGCGUCAGAAAGAGUUUAUGAUGCUGCAAUUCCUGUAACCAUGGUGUCAUGAUCAUAAAGCACUUAAGUUUUCCGCAGUUCGUUGGGUUGCAAUUUCCUCGAUGAAUUACAUAUUUAAUACAGUAGUAGAUGACAUUAAUCCUCAUGUUACGAUCACAAGCAAAAAAUAUUGUAAUUUUGAAAAAAGGACGCCUGCAAGUUUGAGAAAAUAAUCUAUAUCUAAAUUUAUUUACAGUGUGUCCGGUUCAUGGAAUUGGAGUCCUUUUGAUCCUUAAAAAUCCUG